AUGAUCAAUGAUGUAAAAACUAUCAAGAAAAAAUUUCGUUUUUCUCCUAUAAAAAAAUUAAUAUGGCAUAAAAAAAAACAUAGAUCAAUUAUUAAAUUACCAUUAAUUACUCACUUAUCAUCACCACGUAUUGAAGAACUUGAAAAUGAAUUUAUGAAUGUAUUGAAAAAGAUGUAUAACAAUUUGGAAAUACAAAACUAUGAAAAUGAUAAACAUUCUACUGUAGUCGAUCUUUUUAAUUUAAAUAAUACUUUAAAAGAAACAAUUGAAGAAUGUAAUCAAUAUCAAACAAUGUUUCAUGCUAGUAAACGAUUAUUGAUAACUCGAUCAGUAGAUGAUUUUGCUAGAAUAUCAGUAAAACCUUAUCUCUAUUCAUCAUUAAGUUCUCAAUUUGUUCAUCAAUCAUGUUUAAAAAACAUAAUAAGACGAUUAGAUCAUUCGGAUAUAUCAUUAACUACUACUUCAAAAUAUCAAAUAACAGAAACAAUUGAUUCAUCAAUAAAAUUACUUUUAAAAUCAAUCAAUAGUCAAAAUAACUUAUCAUCAAAUAUAUUCAUUAAAUCUGAAUCAUAUUUAAAAGAACAAAAUUCUCCUAUUAAAUGGAAUGAAAAUUCUUUAAAAUUAAUAUCAAAAAAUUAUCAACAACAAGAAGCAGCAGCUAUUAUCGAAAUUGAACAUCAAUCAUAUAGUUCAAUAACAUCAUCAUCAAUUGAUUUUAGUAAACCUCUUGAAAAAUCAUAUUCAUCUCCAUUACCUAUGAAUACAAAUCAUUUAUCUAUAAGUAAUAAAAAUAUUCAAAGUGCACAUAUUAUUGAUCCAGAUGAAUAUGAAAAUAAAAAUGGAAUAUCUUUAUAUUCAUGUAUUAGUGAAAUAGGAAAUGAUGAAUCAAUGAAAAUUAUUAGUUCUGAUGAUGAUGAUGAAAAUAUUAAACAUAAUCAAUUUCAAUAUCAAGAUAAUAUCAAAAAGAAUAAUAUUCGACAUAGAUGGAGUUUAUUUGAUAUCUGGGAGACAACGAUAGCUAAGUUACCACCUAUUUUAAACUGUAUUUGGCGACAACGAUUAUAUCGUACUGGAUCAAGAGAAUUUUUGCUUGAAUAUGAUCAAACAUUAUCGACAAACAACAAUAAUAAUAAUAAUAAUAAUCGAGCAAAUGUUAUGCAAGAACAACGUUAUGUUGAACAAGAACGUCCAAUUAAUACCCAUUUUGGUUUUGCUCUACUUGCCUUAUUAAUAUUUCCACCUAUCGGUAUAUUAGCUAUUAUUCUAAGUAUAUGGUCAUUAUGUGGUAAACAAGAUCGACAUUUAUCUCGAAAAUUUGGUAAUGCUGCUUAUUGGAUUUCUAUACUAGCUAUGUGUUUUUCAUUUCUAUUACUUGUUACUCUAUUUACAUAUUUCACUUAUCAAUACUUAAUUAAUCGACCGAUCAUAAUCAAUCAAUAUUACACUACUCAUUGGACACGCCAUUCAAUAACAAAAGAUAUUGACUAUAUUUGA